AGAGUGUUGGGGGGCUGAUAGACCUGAGAGUACUGAGAGAAUAAGAGCAAAGAUGAAGAGAGAGGUGAUUUGUAGGCAACACACAUGGCAACACAACCUGCUGGAAGCAAGCUAAACAGAGUAGUGAUCUCAACAGAUUUGGCAUUUGUAAAACUAAAAGUCUACAAUAAUGAUGUUAUGUUCACAAAAGGAUUACACAGGUAUUGUCUUUUACAGCAUAUCUCUGGUAGUAGGCUAUGUUCCAGAGCAGUAUUGGGCUAGGUUACCACCAACUGAGACUCUCAGAGAGGUGCCGUGCCUAAGAGGCUUUACAUUACAUUAGUGCUCAGCUCAGCAUUACUGAGGCCCGUUGAAACAGAUGGCCUCAGGUCUUUUGCAAGUCAGCAGGAACCUAUAGCUGGGUUAUUAGGUUUCUUUACCACCGUAAAUCCCAUUUUUUCUUCCCUUGGUUCUGUGUGGAUAGAAUAGCUUUGUUGGCAGACUGUUUUGUCGCUUUCGCCAGCUUCUUUGUGGUAGUCAUGACGAAGGAUUUGGCUUAAGCAGGAAAAGAGAUAGAUUGGCAACUAGGCAUUUGUGGUCAUUCGUUACUUUGCAGAGUCCGUUUUUUUAUAAUGUUGCUUGUUGAUAUACAGGAAGUAGCUAUUGUUUGUCUGAGAAUGUAAGACUAUUUUUUGAGGAAGUGUUUACUAACAAGUGUCUCUUUCACAUUGUCAAACACGACACUCUCAAUUCCCCCAUCGUUCUCACUGCAUGUUUUGAACUUCCUCCUUCCUCUUUCUUUGUCUGGUUGCUUUUCUGUCAUCCGUCCACAAUCUCCUGGUCUUUCUUUGUCUGGUUGCUUUUCUGUCAUCCGUCCACAAUCUCCUGGUCUUUCUUUGUCUGGUUGCUUUUCUGUCAUCCGUCCACAAUCUGCUGGUCUUUCUUUGUCUGGUUGCUUUUCUGUCAUCCGUCCACAAUCUCCUGGUCUUUCUUUGUCUGGUUGCUUUUCUGUCAUCCGUCCACAAUCUCCUGGUCUUUCUUUGUCUCCAUUUCCCCAACUCUCUUUCCUUUUUCUAUUCGUACACUACCACUCCCCUCUCUCUCUUUUUUUCCCUCUUUGGUUUGUUGUUGUGACUCUCUCGUCCCAUAGUCCACAGUGCAAGGCCGUCCUGUACUGUUCUGACCAGUGUUCCCAGGCAGACCAGAUCCGCUGUCCAGAGGAUGCCAGUCACCAGCACUGGUGUGAAAAACUGUCCCGCUACAUGAGCCACGACUCACAGCUUGCCGAGCUGCCGUUCAGCUACGCCGCAGAGGUGACAGCUGUUGAUUUCGACCUGGAACACUUCCUGAAUAAGAAUAAAUUGGACAGUGGCUACUGGGUACACUGGAGCCUCCUGGUGCGCUCCCCCAGAUAUGAGCUCCAUCCCACAGUUGAACAGUCCAGAGAUCAAUACCCCCACUGGUUCACAGGUCACAGUGAGCCCUUUGGACCCCUGAAAAGGGAGGGAGACAUCCUGCUCUGUAGCCCAGCUCCUCAUGCAGUCCCCAGCGUCACCAAACCGAUGGUGUUGUGGAGUCAGUACUGUGAGUGGAGAGGUAUCAGUCUGUCCUCUCCUGCAGCUGUUCUUCUCAGCUCCCCUCUCUCCAUCUACUACAUAAUCACGUCGCUGGUGCCCAAAGACUUUCCAGAGCUCAACAUCCAGAAGAAGCAGUCUCUAAAGAUCCACAUCAUCGACUCCUACAGGGAGUUCCACUGUCUCAAGGUGUUCUGGGAAUUGUCCAUUCUCCUACCGCACAUGACCUUUGAACUGGUGUUCAUAGGGGAGGGACUUCCCCCUGAGAGUGACGAGGAGCAGCUCUUUCUGCAGAAGAAGGACGGCCGUGUCAACCUGGUUAACCCCAGCUUCACCCCGGAUGAGAAGUUGGACAGGAGGAGCAUCCGGGUCAAAGGUUACCGCAGGGCCUAUCACAUGCUGCAAGGGCCCAAGCCUGACCUGGUAAUUGGCUUCAGACCGGCGAUCCUGCUUCAGGAGUCGUGGCUCAGUAUACUCCCUAGGCUCCAGUCCCUGAGGGUUCCCGCCUACUUCUGUGAGGUCGGAGAGUUGAGCUGUGAGUGCAGCCAGCAGGUGAUGAGCCAGGCCACCGGGGGCACCCUCUCCCCUCCACAUGUCAACCCCUUCCACUGCCCCCUGCGUAUCACUGGAGGAGAUAACAUGCUGCCCUGGUAUUCCAAUGCCUUCAUCUUCCAUCUGAGGUACAAGCCCCUACAUAGUGAGAAACGACCUUCUGUGGCCUACCCCAAAGCCCCGCCUCUGCAGGUAGAGCCGGCCAAUCAGGAACCUGACUACCCUGUGAAGAUGAGUCGCAGGGAUAGGAAGCAGGCCGCCCGCAAUAUGCCCCGCAAACGCAAAUGAUGAUAACGACAUGCACACACAUACGCACUCAAACACAAACAUAUACACACUGGCACACACACACACACACACACACACACUGGCACACACACACACUGACACACACACACUGGCGCGUGCGCACACAAGGUUACUCUCAAUGACCAGACUCAGGGCAGACUAACACUUUAGCUGAACUAGCCUUUUCAUUAAAAAGACCAAUCAUAGACUCUU